AAAAAGUUUGUGUCGCAACAGUCAGCUUUACUCUUUACCAGUGUUCAGAGGAUUUCUCAAACUUUACCACCCUUCUCUGGUCUGACAAUCUUUUAAUAUCAAGAUGAGCGUAGUGGAGAAAAUCAGCAUUUUUAUCUUUCUCUUACAAGGUGUUUACUGUACACAGUUCAAAGUCAGUCUGCCAGAGAAGAUUGAAGCUCUCAGUGGAUCCUGUGUGAUCAUAAACUGCACUUUUGAGAUUGAGAAACAAUAUGACCAAUACCUCACUGAGAGUGAUGCUACAGGAUUAUGGCUCAAAGAUGGAAUGAAUCAGAAUGGCAAUCAAGUAUUUAACUCCAGAAAUCCCAAACCUGGUCACUUUAAUGGGAAAUUAACUGGAAAACUACAUGAGAAGGACUGCACCACUAUCUUUUAUGAUGUUAGUUCGAAUCACAAUGGUAAAUAUUACUUGAGGAUUAUGAGUGGUGAAGAUCUGAAAUACACCUACAAACAAUCCUUCUCCACUAUAGAUGUCAUCGAGUCUCCCCACAAACCCAGAGUGCAGCUGUAUGUGGCGCAGGAUCAGGAGGAGGUGUUGGAGGGGAGCUCUGUGAGUCUGCGCUGCUCUGCUGAGACUCUCUGCUCCUCUCCUCCAGCAACUCUCACAUGGAGCUCCACUCCCAGAAUCCCCCUCAGUGAGAGCAGCAGACUACAGGAGCUCAUCUCUGAUCUGAACUUCACUGCUACUCACCGUGAGCAUGGAGUCACUUUCACCUGCACUAUAACCUACCAGCUACAGGACAAGAACAAAACAGCACAGGACAGCAUCACAGUACAUGUUCAGUAUUCCCCUAAAAACACAGCAGUGUCUGUGGCUCCCUCCAGCUCUGUGUUGGAGGGCAGUUCGGUGACUCUGAUCUGCAGCAGUGAUGCAAAUCCAGCCGUGAACUACACCUGGUCCAGAGAGAGUGAAGGACAGCUGGAGCAGCUGCAGACUGGAGACACUCUCACCUUCAACAGGACCGACCCGACACACAGAGGCUGGUACCACUGUACAGCUCAGAACCAACAUGGUGCCCAAAACUCAUCAGUGAAGCUGGACAUUCAGUAUGCUCCUCAGAUCUCCACUUCCUCCAGCUGUAGCAGAACUGAUGUAACUGUGUGUUUCUGUGAGGCUGAUGGGAAUCCCUCUCCUGAACUGGAGUGGCAUCUGUCUGGACGUCCUGUCACUAACUCUUCAAACACGUUCAUCAGUGAAGAGCGAUUGAGCAGCACAGGCUUGAGGAGCUCCAUCACUCUACAUCAGUCUCUCACACACACAUCCACUCUGCAGUGUGUCAGUAACAACACUCGAGGCACUGCAAGAAAACUGUUUCAUCUGGUCUUCAUCACUGAAAAUGCUCCAGGUUUUAACAUGUAUGCCCUCCUGAUUGGGAUCGCAGUUGGAGCUUUGUUUAUGGCAAUCUUAUGGGUCACAACACUUCUGUACAAAUGGUUCUGCAGGUCCCAAAGGGGAGAUAAAGCUGGGCUGAUUCAGACUGAUGGGGCUGAUUCGGUGGACAGUAAGAGGGACAGUUGGAGCAGCUGCAGACUGGAGACACUCUUACCUUCAACAGGACCGACCCGACACACAGAGGCUGGUACCACUGUACAGCUCAGAACCAACAUGGUGCCCAAAACUCAUCAGUGAAGCUGGACAUUCAGUGUGAGUAUUACAUAACAGCCAGUUUUACCUCGUCACAUUCAUUAGCACCUAAAAGUCAAUUAUAAAAUGAACAGUUAUGCCACUGUUAUUGUUUUAUGGUGCAAUAAUAGCUACUUUAAAAAUGUUUAUCUUUAUUAAAUUUAAGGGCAAGUAAUAAUAAAAAAGCCUCUAGGUUGUUCAGUUAAGCAGUUGACCUUACCACAUUGCUGUGUAUUUCAAUUAAAUGUUGGGACACAAAAAGUUCACAAACUCAUAAUUCAUUCUCAUUAGUGCUUCAAUCAUUGGCUGAGUUCCAGACACUGUAGCUUCAGACCUUCAGAUCAGGAUAUCUGGACUCUAGAUAGGAAAGCAGUCUCAGUGUGCAUCUGCAAAACACAUUACCGAAACGGAUGCCGAUGCAUCAGCACAAUCGCUCAGUUGUUCACACAUUCAUUUGUGAGAAAAUGUGUUUCUUGCUGCAGUUACUGUCACACAUUUCGACCGAGCCAAUGAUAAAACAAAUCAUAAAUGUGUUAAUAAAAGACAUUUUUCACCCAAAAAUUACGAUUUUUUGAUGUUACUUAAUGCAUUCAUCCUAAUGCAUUCAUAAACAUUUAAUUUAAGAGUUUCCAUUUGCAUUCAUAAUCUAUUAGAAAACACAACAAACUGCACACGGAUUCUUUAUGUUUUUAUGCCUGAUGCAUUACAAAAUAUUUUAUGUGCACAUGGACGCUAGCGAUUUGUGUAUUAUCAUUUCUUUCAUUUUACGUACUAUUUCUGACAAUAUGUUUUCAAGUAGGCCUUUUAUUUGUGUUUCAUAUGGUUUCUUAAUAUUGAGUUUUUUGAUGUACGAAUAGAUUUCAUCAGAUUUUUUUUUUUUUCCAUCAAGAAUGAAUACGUUGAUAACUCUUUGCAAAAGGUGAUAUACUUUGUUUCCCUUGUUGCCUGGAACACACUGAUCUCUAGAACACAUUACAGGGUACAUAUAGUAUAAACAUUUAUGAAGUUCUUUAGACUUAGAACUUGAAUCCAAAUGUAAUAAUCAACAUUGCUCAAAGUUCCACUUUUAAGGUCAAUUUAUAAUAGGAAGGGUUCGACUCAUAAAUCUUUUUUAUGGGGUACCUAGGUAAAUAUAAUGUACAUGCAUGAAAAUUUUAGGUUUGAGCCUUGUUUUUUAUGGGGCAUUUGCUUUAUGGGAGCGAUUUGCUGCAUAAAAAAGUUUUUAUAGCAGAAUGCUUCCAUUGAGGACUUUCCUAUCUGGACCUGAAAGUUGAUUAUUAUUAGUGGUGGGCAUAGAUUAAUUUUUUUUAAUCUAGAUUAAUCUCACUGUAAUCUUGGAAUUAAUCUAGAUUAAUCUAGAUUAAAAUGGCUCAUUUGAAUUCUGCCAAGUAGAUCAGAAUAAGUUCACUACUAGUAGUAAACAACUAGCAGUCAUCAAGAAUUUAAUAUUGAUAAUAACAUUGAAGACAUUGUAUGAUUAUUCCUUAAAGAUAUGGUUUUAAUAGUUUUAGUAGUAGUAGCCUAUUACGUUCUGCCCAAUGUCUUCAAGUGAAACCGAACUUUUAUUUUGACGGGUUGCCGUGAGGAUAGUUUUUCUCAAAUGAAACGCUCGAAUGCUCAUGAAGUGACUCUCAGAGCAGUUCUGGAGAUGUGGUUCAUGUAUUUACAUCCUAAUUUAGUGAGACGACAGACGUUAAUAUCGCCGCAAGCAUCACGCGGGCUUCUGUAUGAGUAGUGAACAAACCCGCGCGUCUGCGCCAUACAUUAACACAGAGACACACAGAAGUCAUAUUUAAAUAGACGUUUUGCGGCUUAAUAUUUACAAAUAGGAGUGGGAGUGUGCUCACUUGUGUGUGCGCUUAUGUUUGUUUGUGUGUGUGUGUGUGUGUGUGCGAACCGGGGCGGAACUCCGCGUGCGCGCGAUACAGAGAGCUUGACCAUGUAGAGACAGAGAUAUUUUAGUGUCAGUCUGCCACAGAAGAUUGAAGCUCUCCGUGGAUCCUGUGUGAUCAUAAAGUGCACUUUUGAGAUUGAUAAACAAUAUGACCAAUACCUCACUGAGAGAGCUACUACAGGACUGUGGCUC